UUUCAAUUUUGAACGUUUGUUCUACUCCUCUAGUUCAGUGUGGUUUUUUUGAAAAUGGUUGAAAUCACGCCUUUAGAGUCCAGAAUAAUUAGACAAGUUGAGUAUUACUUUGGAGAUGUAAAUCUGUCACGUGAUAAGUUCAUGAAAGAGGCUGUUAAAGAGAAUGACGGAUGGAUUCCUAUGGAGACAAUGAUUAAAUUUAACCGUCUAAAGUCUUUGUCAGAGGAUGUUGAGUUCAUAAAGAAGUCAGUAUCCAAGUCACAGUCCGGGUUGAUUGAAGUAGGCGAAAAAGGUCUUCGAAGAAAUCCUGAAAUGAAAGUUCCUGAAACAUUUGAAACAGCUCUUAACAGCUAUAAAGAAAAUGGUGUCUAUGUUAAAGGCUUCUCUCCUGACGAAAAAUUGGACGAAAUUAUUGAAUGGCUUGAAAAACACGGUGGCAAAACCCUUGAUGUGCAUAUGCGCAGAUUUCCACGAGACAAAAAGUUUAGGGGAAGCAUAUUUGCUAUUUUUGAGAAGAAGGAGGAUUCUGAAAAGUUCCUGGCUUCACCAGAGGCUGCUACUUUCAAAGAAAAAGCUAUGGUUCGUUCAACCCAAAUCGAUUAUUGGAAACGCAAAGAAGAAGAAAACAAGGCUAAAGUUGCUUCACAAGCCAAAAAGAAAGCUGCACUUGAAGCUAACCAGGAAGCUCAAGUUAAUUCUCGAAUGAUUCGUGGAGCAUUACUUGAAAUCGUUGGUCUCCCAGAAGCCACAAAAAAAAAUGAUGCAGUUGAACGGGAAGACGCCACAACUGAGAAAUCAAAAGAGUCGUCAGUGAAUGACAGUAAAGACUCAGAAGCACCAACAGUUAUGAACUUAAAACAGUGGUUAAACGAAAGCUUGACUCAAGUACUCCUGUGGGAUGGAUUGAUAUCGAACCAUCUGAGGGAAAAGCUGUAAUACGAUUCAAACAACCUGAUACAGCAGAAAAAGCAUGGGCUAAAUUAAAAGAAGCAUUUGGCGAUAGUCCUGUUACGUAUUUAAACAGUGAAUUAUCAGGUCGCGUAAUUACUGGUGACGAAGAGAAGAAUCAGUGGAAAGUGAUCCUGGCAGCUCAGCAACAGAAAGCUCAGAAACGACGUGGAGGACGCAGUGAUGGAAGACAAAUUCGUAACAAACGACGCCGUACGAACUAAGUAAAAUGGAACAGAUUGAGCUCCACUUACUACUGACUUCAUUACUGUAUAUUCAUUAAAAAUAAACUUUCAUUUUAAAUAUUUUCUUUCACACAAAUGAGAGAAGCUAUGUAAACAGCGAUCAUUUGUAAUGGAAAAUACAUGUAUUUGGUUUGA